AUGUCGGGAAAGAAGAAAAGUUGUUUCCAGAUCACCAGUGUGACGCAGGCUGAGGGUGCUGCGAAAAGCAUCCCCGACGACACCGAGAGCCUGGAAUAUCCGGACGAGUCGCGGACGGAGGACGGGCCAUCGCAGAUGUUUGACGUUUCUCGGCUCGAUCCGGCGGUGGGUGACAGGAGCUCGUCGGAGGAAUUUUUGAACCACGUCGGAGACUCGCAGGAGAGCCAGCCGCCCGCAGGUCCUGUCAACGGGGGGCUGUCGGUGAAAAGUGCGCCCACUGGCCGUGUCACCCCUCACGGUGUUGGGGGGAAUGUGCCUGUGCCGGCCGCGGCUCAGCCCUCAGCUCCGAGCUCCGCUGUCUCCUCCAGUGGCGCUCACACAGCCCCCGGCACCAGUUGCAGUUCCCGUUUCAGGGUUAUUAAACUUGACCACGGCACCGGAGAGCCCUUCAGACGGGGCAGAUGGACGUGUACCGAGUUCUAUGAGAGAGAUUCAGAUGUUAAUCGGACUGUUGACAGCAUCAAGCCAACUGUCACCCUUGACCACAGCACGGACAGGGACAGUGGGCUGGGGGCCACCAGUAACUCUAUCGUCACUGGCAGUGCUUUUUCUGCACAAGCGCUGGAGACCACCACAGAUAGCGGUUACGCUGUCUCUGCUGGACACUCGGCCCACUCCCACCCGCCAGAGUCCCUGCAGAAAGGCUACGGCUUGUCCACGCAGAUCGGGAGCGGACUAAGUGCCUUCCAGCACACGGGGUGUACAGUUACUCCAUCCCCGACAGCAGCACAGGCUCAGGUCAAUGUGCAGUCUGUUUCUCCCCAAUCCUUUCUCUCCAACAGUCUCAAUGGUGCCCACCAAGGGGCAAUGCAGUCACCCAUUAAACCUCCUGCCUCGCAGGCCCAACAGUUUGCCUAUUCCACUCGUCCGACUGGCCACUCCUCAGGUCACCCAGACUAUCAUCAGCAACAUUUUGGCUCCGGCACUCAGAACUUCUCCAUACCAUCCUCCUCUGUAGAGUCCUCCGCCAGCCAGGUAUCCCCCCCUCAAAUCCCCCUUGCUGGUUCAGCACCACAAGGCCUGGGUGGAGAAACGGGCUCAGCGCCGGGUCUCGUGCAACAGGCUGGACACGCGUCAGCUAUGGUCCCCAUCCAUCCGGGAAGCACACAACAGCAGCAUGUCAGCCAAACUCAGCCUUCAGGAGGGUUAGGCAUCACCAUUGCACCCUCCGCCACCUCCACCUCCCACGUCGGGGGUCAGAACGUGCCUGCCACAGUGCCCAGUACAUCCAACAUACUUCCAGCUGUGUCCAGUAUGGCGUCUGGCAAAGGAGGGCUUGUCCAGCUCCAGGGGGCUCACGGCGGGGCCACAAAAGCCCAUCCGUCUCUCUUCUUCAACCCAACAGAAGAUGGGUGGCAGCAAAUCGAUGCUCUACCUCAGCAUAGUGCCAGCAUGGUUCCACUGAAAGACGGCGUUAAGCCUCCGAUCACCGGCGACAUCAAAUUGGCCAACCCAGCCGUCAACAGCUUCUUCGGCAUCCGCAUUACCAUGGAUAUGGAUGAGGACAGGAUCAGUAUGGGCAGAUAA